AUGAACGAAGUCAAGGACUCACAGUUUUCUGAUUCAGCUAAGGUGGUUGAUUCACAGAUUUGUGAUGCAACUAACGAGGUCGGUGACUCAGAGCUUCCUCAUGUUACCAGUGAGAGUGAUCGACAAGCAUCUAAAGUGGAAGCAGAGGUUGUUUUAGAGUCUUCUCUUGAAACUCCUCAGGAUAUUGCACAACAGAGUAAAUGUAGUGUUGUAGUAUAA